AUGGUCUCUGCCGACCAGGGUUGGUUGAGGUCACCUAAUGGCAAAGAACAAGUGUGUGUUGUCUUCAAAGCUGACAAGAAUUGCGAAGAGCACUAUCCAGACAAGGAGCAUAUCUUUGUUUACAACAAUGCCAAAACUCACCUGAAGCGAGCAAAUAGUGCCCUAUCUGCAAGGCACAUGCCCAAGUUUGCAUCAAAGCCAGAUAGCAACUGGGGUAUUGAUGUUAAUGUCCGAGAUGAUAAUGGGAAACCAGUGUACAGCCCAAAUGGGAAGCCCUCAAAAACAAAGGUUCACAUGGAGGGAGCAACAUUUGCUGAUGGCACAAAGCAGUCACUUUAUUUUGAGCCUGGACAUCCACAAGCUGGGUUUUUCAAAGGCAUGGCUAUCAUUCUCAGCGAGCGUGGCUUUGUUGCAGAGUCAAAUUUCCGUGCUCAAUGUCCAGACUUCAAGUGUGCAAAAGGGGUCACUAAUUAUUGUUGCCGGCGCAUCUUGUUUAAUUCCACUCAAUGUUGGGGCUUUGCAAAGCACAUUUACCAACAAUACCCUGCUUCAUCAAAGGAAGCUGAUCUAGAAUGUAACAUCCUUGCAGCCUUGGAAUCAGUGCCUCUUGACACCAUACUCAUUGAUGCAUACAAGAAGGGCCUCAAUGGGAAGCAGGCAGGAUGGGCUUCAAAGAAAUAUCAUGGACAUUGUGUCCUUCCAGUAUGGUGGAUGAAUGAGAUUGCCAUUGAGAGAGUAUAA